AUGCUGUGGGCGGUGUAUCGUGGAAAUGCUCUGUCCAUGUGGGCGGCAAAAAGACCAGGACUUUGCAUACAGAAACUUCGCGCAUCCCUCCUCAAGAUGCGCAAGCAAUUAUCGACCUCUGAAACCCAGCAAUGCAGCCCCAAUUCAUCGCCACCCCCACUAUCAGACGACUUCUCUCCUUACAACGACUUCCCUCCUUACAACGACUUCCCUCCUUACAACGACUUCCCUCCUUACAACGACUUCCCUCCUUACAACGACUUCCCUCCUUACAACGACUUCCCUCCUUAUGACGACUUCCCUCCUUACAACGACUUCUCUCCUUACUUAAACGGACACUGA